UUCAAAAUGGCGACAUCGGUUUGGAUGUGUUUUAUCUGAUGGCUACCGCUUAGAAACAGAAUGUGUUACUUUUGGGGUUUCUCGGUUCAAGAUGACCUCAGAUUUCGAAUCUCGUAAUGACGAAAUUUGUAUUUGAUUGUUCUAGACGGUAACUAGGAUGUGUGAAAAAGUUACGUUGGUAGGGCUUGUACUAAUGGGGAAUGCCUAGUGCAACUGUAGUAGAAAACCAAUUUUCAUUUGACAUGCCGUUAUCACGCACACGUUCCUUGCUGGGCAACAUUAAUGGGGCACCAUCCAGCAUCCCGAGUGAGGCAUAUCUGUCUCACAUUACGGAAAGUAUUAAUCAUCUACCAUCAAUGAAGACAGGCCAGGAACUUCUUGCCCUCCAAGUUUCAACUUUACAGAUACCAAAUCAACCUAGUACUGUGAAUCAGUCGCUGCCUUUAAUCAAUUCUAUUGUUUCUGAUGGAACGAAUAGUCCGAUUCAAAAUAAAAAUGGCUCAUCAAAACCAAAAACCAUGGUUGCUACUCCUGACCAAGUAAUGAAAUUAUAUAUGAACAAGCUCACUCCCUAUGAACAACAUGAAAUUUUCAGCUAUCCUCAGAUUUAUUUUAUUGGUGCCAAUGCAAAAAAGAGACCUGGAAUUGUUGAGACGGCAAACAACUGUGGAUAUGAUAAUGAACAAGGGUCAUAUAUUCAUAUACCACAUGACCAUGUGGCAUACAGAUAUGAAGUUUUAAAAGUGAUUGGCAAAGGGAGUUUUGGACAGGUAGUUAAGGCAUAUGACCACAAAAACCACGAACACGUAGCUCUGAAAAUGGUGCGGAACGAGAAAAGGUUUCACAGACAAGCACAAGAAGAAAUACGAAUUUUAGAACAUCUGCGAAAACAGGAUAAAGAUAAUACAAUGAACAUCAUUCACAUGUAUGAUAGUUUCACAUUCCGAAAUCAUAUGUGCAUAACUUUUGAACUGCUAUCAAUAAAUCUUUAUGAACUAAUUAAGAAAAACAAAUUUCAAGGUUUCAGUCUUCAGCUAGUACGAAAAUUUUCCCAUUCUCUUCUGCAAUGUUUGGAUGCCCUGUACAAGAAUAAAAUUAUUCACUGUGACAUGAAACCCGAGAAUUGUAUCAGUUUGCAUCACAGUUGGCGACGGCAGAAAUUCUGCGUAAUCGAUUUUGGAUCCAGUUGUUACGAACACCAGCGUGUUUACACUUACAUACAGUCCCGGUUUUACCGGGCACCAGAAGUGAUACUUGGAGCACGUUAUGGUAUGCCCAUUGAUAUGUGGAGUUUGGGAUGUAUUUUGGCAGAACUGCUUACUGGUUUCCCCCUACUGCCGGGUGAAGAUGAAGGUGAUCAGCUAGCCUGCGUCAUUGAGUUAUUAGGAAUGCCACCACAGAAACUUUUGGAUGUAUCAAAGCGUUCAAAGAACUUCAUUAGUUCCAAAGGAUAUCCAAGAUACUGCACUGCUACCACUCUUCCUGAUGGAACUACAGUUUUGGGAGGGGGACUGUCUAGAAGAGGCAAGACACGAGGACCUCCAGGUUCCAAAGAGCUCAAACGAGCUCUCAAAGGAUGUGAUGACCCUCUGUUUUUGGAUUUUAUCCGACGGUGUUUAGAAUGGGAUCCAGAUGCAAGGAUGACCCCUGCUGCAGCCCUACGGCAUGCUUGGCUCAGAAGACGACUUCCUAGGCCCCCUGCCGACAAAAGUGACACCCAGUCUUCUGGUCUUCGAACAUCAUCAUCAUCAUCAAGAAAUUCAAGCAAAACUACCACGAUCGGCAGUGGUGGUUUAAGCACCAACAAACUUAGAGUUCAGCUUUCUGACGAUAGAGCAAGCACAGUCCAUUCACGUCACUCUCAUCACUCGACCAAAUUACCUCAGAUCCCCACCAACACAUAACCACUCGUUCUGCUUCCAGAUGUGUAUAAUCAUGCCGUGUUGUAAAGUGUUUUGAAGGGUCGGUGUGAUUGAAAGGUUGUAUGCAUUUGAUCAGAGGUGGCCAAACUGUAGCUUCCAGAUAAUUUAGACAUAGCUGAAAUGCCGUGAAAAGUCAAUUUUAUUCCUGCAUUAUUUACAAUAUGACAGUGUUAUUGAGCUUCUUUAUCCAAAAUUCUUAUCGUAUGGUUCUAUUUGAAUUAAUUUUGUCCAUUAUGUUGGCAAACAUUGUUUUAUUUAUAUAAGUAUAUACAUAUAAUUUAAGAGAAUGGCUUAUGUUAAUCAUAUUAAAGUCAUUAGUGAUACUCAUCUGUUAUCCAUGACACUGUAAGGAGCAUAGGAUGUGAACUGUUGAGCAGCUAAUGGAAUGAAACUGUGAUAACAAAGCAUAAUGGAAAGUUGCCCAUGCAAGCACACAAGCUGACUUCAGGACCAAAGUCCUCGUUACUGCCAUUCGGUUACGGUCAUAGCCAUGAGCUUUACCCCGUUUCAUUUCUGUGAUAACUUUCACUGAUGACAUUUUCCACUCAACAGAUUGGGAUAAAUGCAUUUAUAUCACAAUAUUUAUGAAAAUGUUGGACGACAUUUCACUCUCAUGAGACUGAUGGUGCACGUACUGCACGCCAACAGAAUGUCUUCGUCAUUCCUAGUACCGCACUUUAUGUACGGUAACAGUACAUAAAUAUUAAUUUCGUAUCCAUCUCGCCAAAUGAACGAUAAUUUACAAAGCAUUUAACUGCUUAGCCCCAUGUAGCUUUCAUUCUGCUUUAACUAGUGAACUCCAAAGUAAUUCAUCUGAAUCUCAUUUUAGAAUGUUUCUGAGCCCUGGCAAUUAACCUGUGUCAAGGCAAAUACCUGAGUAGUAACUCACAAUAUUCCAUCACUCAGAGUCUGAUUCAUCAUUUUUCACCACCAUAAGCCUCACAUUGUAAGCUGCAAGAAAUAAAAAGAUCUCUUUGUCUCUUGUUCUAGGUAAGGUGAUGACUGCAGUGUUCCGUCUUACACUCGUCCAUCCUUAUGUUAGGAAGUCAAACUUCUUGUAUGUUUUCUAUUAUUAUUUUUAUGAUUUCUCCUUAUACAUUUUUAUUGUAUUUUUUUUAUGAGUGUACUUCCUACGUGCCAACAUUUUGUUUUCUGUGAUGCACAGAACUGUGGUCUUGUGUGAGCAGUUUCAACUGCGUGUUCAUCUCUUUCAGACUUCAGAUGUUGUUGCUGUGUGCAUGUGUGUAUAAUGCCAGAUAUUGCAAAAAUGAGGUAACCUCUCUUCAUUACCUGCAUUGCACGUUUAUAUUUUUAUUAAUUGUUACAGAAGGGAGUUCCCUGGAUGUGAAUCUGAUACAUUCAGCCUUCUUCUACUGCUGUAUGUAAAUUGUAAUGUUUUAUACAAUGUCAGUAGCGACCUGCAGACCAUUUCUGGUGUUUCACUCUGUACAGUAUUGAAAAAAAAAAUAUAGGAUUUUGGUAAAUAUAUUAAUAAUAGAAUUAAGUUAACUUUUAACGGUAGAAUAUGUAUAGAGUUCGCAUGGUAUAGGAAGGCAUCAGUUUGCAUGAUGCUGACAGAGGGUUGUAGUGUUAAGGAAUGACAGUAGUGAUCUACUGGAGAUAUUUAAAAAGUACUUAUAAUACCUCCAAGAAUCUGAAUAAUGCCCUUGAUGCUUCCUUUUUCAUAAAUUCUUUCAUAUUUUAUAUAAACUUCAAUUUUUGGCUGCAAAAUAUUCAGAGAAUAUGUACAAAUAACACAGUGGAUACCAAUUUA